UUCAAGCACUUUCUUCACUUUGAAACCAUCAAACCAAGCAACACAAAAGAAACCCCUGACCCUCAACGUCAGACACACAGUGGAGUCACUGAGGCUUUUCAAAUUUCUCAGCCAAUGCGUUUGUGAAAUCUCUCCGCACUUGAAUUGAACGAUGGCUUCCCGAAACGGCGUCGCUCAGAGGGGGGCUGUGAAGUUGGAUCGCCCCGUGAGUUUCAGAACGUCGUCGUUCAAGUCCCGGCUCCCUCCUUCUCAAUCUCCCGGCAACGGAUCCGCUGUUCGCAGGAGCAGUCCGGCUUUGUUUGGCUCUGCAGGUUCCAAAGACGAUCAUGCAGUGCCUGGAAGAGUUCGAGUAGCUGUACGAUUGCGUCCCAGAAAUGCGGAAGAGAUGGUGGCAGAUGCGGAUUUUGCUGACUGUGUGGAGUUGCAGCCAGAGCUUAAAAGGCUGAAACUUCGAAAAAACAAUUGGGAUUUGGACACGUAUGAAUUUGAUGACGUGCUUACUGAGUAUGCAUCACAGAAGCGUGUCUAUGAAGUUGUUGCUAAGCCUGUUGUGGAGAGUGUUUUAGAUGGUUACAAUGGGACGGUUAUGGCUUAUGGUCAGACAGGUACCGGGAAAACAUUUACUCUUGGACGUCUAGGAGAAGAAGAUACAUCUGAUCGAGGAAUCAUGGUUCGUUCGAUGGAGGACAUUCUGGCAGAUAUAUCUCCUGAGACUGAUUCUAUCUCUGUCUCGUAUCUGCAGCUUUAUAUGGAGACCCUCCAGGACCUACUUGAUCCGACAAAUGAUAAUAUUCCCAUUGUGGAAGAUCCAAGAACUGGAGAUGUUUCAGUACCUGGGGCAACUAUUGUGGAGAUCAAAGACCAGCAUAGUUUUCUGGAGCUGUUAAGAUGUGGGGAAGCUCAUCGUAUAGCUGCUAACACCAAGUUGAACACUGAAUCUUCUCGUAGUCAUGCGAUUCUGAUGGUACAAGUUAAGAGGUCUGUCUUGGGAAGAGAAGAUGAUGUUUCCAGCGAAAAUGGUGACCCUUCUCACUUGACCAAGCCUUUUAAACCACUUGUCCGGAAAAGCAAACUCGUUGUGGUAGAUUUAGCAGGUUCAGAACGUAUCCAAAAAUCAGGAAGUGAGGGACAUAUGUUAGAGGAAGCCAAGUGUAUCAAUCUGUCGCUUAGUGCAUUAGGGAAGUGCAUAAAUUCUCUAGCAGAGAAUAGUGCUCAUGUUCCAUUUCGUGAUUCAAAACUUACAAGAUUGCUUAAAGAUUCAUUUGGAGGAUCAGCGAGGACUUCACUAAUUGUUACUAUUGGACCCUCUCCACGCCAUCGAGGAGAGACUGCAAGUACCAUACUAUUUGGACAAAGGGCUAUGAAGGUGGAAAAUAUGUUGAAAAUCAAGGAAGAAUUUGAUUACAAAAGUUUGUCGAGAAAGCUUGAAAUACAAGUGGACAAGCUUAUUGCAGAAAAUGAAAGGCAGCAUAAAGCUUUUGAGGAUGAAGUUGAAAGAAUAAAUCUAGAAGCACAAAAACGUAUAUCUGAGGUUGAAAGAAACUUUGCUGAUGCAUUAGAGAAGGAGAGGCUAAAAUGCCAGAUGGAUUAUAUGGAAGCUGUUAAGGAGCUUGAGGAGAAGCUGGUGUCAAAUCAGAAGCCAAACCAUUGCCUGGUUGAUGGUAAAUGGAAUGGAGAGGGGCCUGGGCUUUCUGUCUCUAAGGAAGCAACUGAGUUACAAGAGUUGCUCCAAAAUGAAAUUGACCUGAGAAAGAUGGCUGAAGAGGAGCUGAAAAAUCUUAAAGGCCAACUAGGGCUAUAUGCACAAUCAGAAGCAGGGGGAGAUGCGGAGAUUUUUAAGCUUUAUAAACUUCUGGAGGAGGAGGCUCAACAGAAGAAAAAACUUGAAGAAGAAAUAAUAAUACUACGUAGCCAGUUGUUGCAAUCAAAUUUUGAAGCUGAACAGAUGAGAAGGUGUCUUGAUAGAGAUGGGUCUGGAAAUGGGUUUACUGGUCUAGAUUCUUCUAUGCCUCCAGUUAGGAAUUCGUACCCCAAAGACAUCGGGAAUGGACCGAAGGCACCAGUUUCCACGCUCUUUGAACAAGUUGGAUUGCAAAAGAUUUUGUCAUUACUUGAGUCAGAAGAUGCUAAUGUUCGUAUUCAUGCUGUAAAAGUGGUGGCCAACCUAGCAGCUGAAGAAGCAAAUCAGAAAAGGAUUGUUGAAGCUGGUGGUCUUACUUCCUUGCUGAUGCUUCUUAGAAGCUUUGAGGAUGAAACCGUUAGAAGAGUGGCAGCCGGUGCCAUUGCGAAUCUUGCAAUGAAUGCAGAAGCCAAUCAAGAACUUAUAAUGGCUCAAGGUGGAAUUAGUUUGUUAGCAACGACAGCAGCUGAUGCUGAUGAUGCUCAAACCCUUCGCAUGGUUGCUGGAGCUAUUGCUAAUUUAUGCGGAAAUGAUAAGCUACAAACGAAGCUAAGAUCCGAAGGUGGUAUUAAGGCUUUGUUAGGAAUUGUGAGGUGUGGCCAUCCAGAUGUUCUUUCCCAAGUUGCACGUGGAAUUGCAAACUUUGCAAAAUGCGAGUCCCGAGCAUGUACUCAAGGGAUAAAGAGUGGAAGAUCUCUCUUGAUACAAGAUGGUGCACUUCCAUGGAUUGUACAAAAUGCUAAUGACGAGGCUGCACCAAUCCGGCGCCACAUCGAGCUUGCACUCUGUCACCUAGCUCAGCAUGAAGUGAAUGCAAAAGACAUGAUUAGUGGAGGUGCCCUGUGGGAACUAGUUCGUAUUUCUCGGGACUGUUCACGAGAGGACAUAAGGAGUCUUGCUCAUCGAACUUUGAAUUCAAGCCCCACUUUCCGUGCUGAAAUGCGACGGUUACGGAUAGACUACUGAUUAGCAAGCAGUGUGAUAGGCUGCUUUGAACAUACUUGUUGUCUCCAGUCAUUGACACUGAUGUGCACACAGAUUCGUGAUGCUGCUGUAUAGGCUUGGGCAAGAAUUGUGUCUGAUUAUUCUGACACAAAUUAAAGUAAGCGAAUUCCUCGCAAUUCCUCGCAAUUUUUGUGUAAAGUAAGCGAGGCUUCAGUUUAUAUCUUUGUUUAGCUAGCAUCUGUGUUUAUAGUUGUUUAAAAGAACAAAUUAAAGGGAAAGAUUUUUAGCUGCUUUAGGGUUAGUCGAGUCUCUCCCUUUUAGAUCAUGAAAGGUAGAAGACAAGCUCGAAACUUCAGCACGUCUUUUCCAUUGUUGUAUUGAUUUAUUGAUAUAAGCCAAUGAUAGUCGUCAUUCUUUAGUUUUUUUUAA